UGUGUUCUGCUUCGCAACGCCACUCUUCAAUACGUUCCUGGUAUGAAGAGAUUCGCACAUGUCUCUUUUAACAAAUUCAAAUCCCCAAUUCCUGCACAUCGUUACUUUGCACGCAAUAUAGUUUCCUCAGAAAAGGAUGCAGUUAGGACUGCUUCAAGGUGAUUUGUUUUAUAUAUUUCUCUAUGCAAGUGAUCAUUAAGCUCGCAUGAAAACUACGGGAUUGGCUUAUCUCAGUGAAGGUCCUGAAUUGUCUACUGGUCUUAACUGGGGCCUGGCCGGGAAAGGCGUCAUUGUGAAGGAAAAAGUAUUUCAGAACUUGACAGCUUUUGAACUGAGGCAGAAAGGUGCAACAAAUGUAGAGCAUUCUCUAAGUGUUCCCUUCCUCAUUCGAGGGAAUGAAUACUCGAGAAAUUCAAAACUUUCUAGGGCACAAUUUACGAAACUUUUAAAGCAGGUGACAUCUUACAUUUCAUCAGUCUCAGAAUUAUAUGUCCAUGAUGGAGCUAUUAGUUCAUUGCUAAAAUGUGAUGCAAAAGUUCGCAUCGUAAGUGACAGCCCAUCUUCUGUGCUGUCACUUUCCAAGUUGCUCUGGAGAACCCCUAGUCGUGCAGUUUCUCAUGAUACCUGUCCUUUGACUGUAUAUGUGGCCUCAUCCAUAAGUUCAAGUAUUGGAGAGUCUCUUGGUAUUAAAGGAGAUAAUGGAUUUAUUGCUGCUGAUACUGAACGUUCAUCUUUAAUCUUAUGUGGUAAGGCUUUUGCUGAUGUGAAUGGAGCAAGGGAAGCACUAACUGCCUUGUCUGAACCUAUUAUCAUUUCACGUGGAGGCCUUCCUCUUUCUGCUGGGCUUCUAGUUUCUAGCAAUUUGGUGAUGCUUUUGUUUGCUCCAGAAGACUCUCUUCGAAAAUUCUCAGAUGUAUUAGUAUCACCUAAAGCUGGUGUUGUUAUAUCGUCUGAAGGUGUUUCACCACUCUUUCAAAUUGGAAACUCAGGAGGAGAGUGUGUUUGGAAAUUACCAUCAGUUGUUAUCCUUGCAACUUCUGAUAGUUCAGGAAUGAUUCCAUCCAUUGCAAAGCUUACACCUGGCCAAGCAGCUUACCACUUUCUUGUAGGGCAUCAGAAUGGGAAGUUCACACCUGCAUAUAGUAAAAACAUUUCUGUUGAUCCUUUACAGCUUGCAAAAGGUCUUCUGUCAAAGUUACAAGAGAACCAAAUUUCAUCUUUCUUGAUUAAUUUGAAUGAAGGACAAACGUUAAAAACAGGCAUGAAUCUUGUCGAUUUGGUUCAGUCUGCGCUACAAGAGAAUAUCUGGCCAAGUAAACUGAAAGGUGGAGAUCUGAAAAGGAGGUAUAAGAGCUUCUUAUCAAAUAACUUUCAAGAACUGCCAAAGGAAUUCUCGUUUUAAGGCAGUAUUGAUUGUAGUGGGGUUCUCUCGAGAGCCAGGUUACGACUUUAACUUUAUUGCAAUCAAGUGUACAGCCAUAUUUGCGUUACUGCAGCUGCUUCACUUGUGACCUA